AUUCAGUGACUUCAUAUACCGCACCUGUGCAUCCCAAUACCAAUUACACAACGAUACCCCCUUCACCACCCAGACGAUGUUCUCCAGAGCAAUAAUAACCCCCAUAGCCCAUCUUCUCCGACGGCCCCAUUCAUGUCUGCUCCCAUGGCAAACCUCGUCCUCCCCUUUCCCAAUUCUUCCAUCCACCCUCACCCAACCAUUCUCCACAACCCUCCUACGAAAACACGGCCACACCACUCCACCAAAGCCCGGCGAAGAGUCCCUCCCCCCUCCCGCCAUCGCCUACCCCGAACAAUCUGCUGAUUAUGAGCAAAAAAAAAAAAAACAGACUCUACGUAACAUUCAUCGACAAAUCCUCCAACCCCCACAAAUUUGCAGUCUCCGCCGGCGAUAACCUAUUGGACAUCGCGCAGGAGCACGACCUAGACAUGGAAGGCGCCUGUGGCGGAUCCGCCGCAUGCUCGACUUGUCAUGUCAUCGUUGUUGACGACGCCAUGUACGAGCGCAUACCCGAAGCCGAGGAUGACGAGAAUGAUAUGCUGGAUUUGGCGUUCGGACUCACGGAGACGUUUGUUCCUCCCCCAAGAAGAAUUCUAAGUGGGAGUGCGGCUGAUAAGGUGUGUGUGCGCGUGUAACAGGUCACGGCUGGGGUGCCAGGUUAAGAUGAGCAAGGAGAUCGAUGGGUUGGUGGUGAAGUUACCGUCUAUGACAAGGAAUUUGCAAUCGAGUGACUUUUCAAAGAAGGCGUAGUUUCCGAGGGCCCUCGCUAGCAUUGUAAGGUUACGGGGUGAGCGGAUGGAUUGAUAGACGGCAGGUUGUUUAAUUAAAGCAGAAACAUCCGGACUCUGGUCUUUUUUGUUGGCCCCCUUUCUUUUUUUCUUAAAAAAAAAAAAAGAUAGAAUUUUUUAAUAUAACUACAGGUUUGUAUAAAA